GCUAUGUUGCCCAGGCUGGAAAAAGAUUAAUUUGACAACUGCAUUCAGAAAUAUGUGACCUGGAGAGCCUGGAGCAGAGUUUCUGAAAGCAUGAUCCAUAACCCCAUCCCUGACCCGAUCAAAAUGCAGAGGCCCGGGCCCUGCAGAUAUUAUAUUUCUUAGCUCUGGGGUGAGGCCCAGGAUCUGUGUUGAAAGAAGUUAGGUAAUUUUCCCAUCCAUGAAAGCUGCCUAAAGCUGCCUUAGAAUCAGGGCCAGUGACGAGGUGUAUUCGUUAUCUAUAGCUGUGUGACAAAUCACCCCAAACUUAGUGGCUUAAUACAACACAAAUGUACUGUCUGCAUGUUUGUAGGGCAGGAGUUUAAGAGUCACUUAGUCGAGAUGUCUUAUGAAUUUGCAACAAAGCUAUAGGCCAAUGCUGUAGUUAUCUGAAGGUGUGAAUGAGACUUCCAAGUUCAUUCCUGAGGCUGUGGGCAGGAGUUCUGUUUCUCUCCAUAGGGUUGGUCAUGACAACACCCCUGGAAUGAUCCAAGGGGGGUCGGGUGGGGAAGGGGAGGAGAUAGGGAGAGAGAUACAGAGAGAGAUCAAGACAGAAGCUCUAAGAUGUUUCUUGACCUAAUCUCAGAAGUGGCAUACCAUCACUUGUGCCAUCUUCUGUGGGUUAAGCAGACCCACCUAGUACAACGUGGGAGGGAGCUACCCCAGGCUGUUAAUACCGGGAGGCUGGGAUCACAGGGAAUAACCUGCAGUCUAAGUAACACGGUAGAUGGAAAACUCACAGUCCAGGUGUUGGCUGUUAAGAACCUGAAAUUAUAGUAUAGCACGUGGUAUGAAAUAGUGUGAGCUAAUGUGUUUGAACUCUCACCACAUGCCAGGAACUGUUCUAAGCGCUUUACACAUAUUAUCUCAUUUAACCUUCGCAACAACUUAACAUAGGCACUCAUUAGCUACAGGAGGAAACUGAGGUAGCCAGAGAUUAGUAGCAUAAUGAGAGCCGUCAGGAAGAAGGACUUGUCAGGACAUGCAGAGAGACCGAGUGUGGAGGCAGGUAAUUGGCAGUCACCAGUGUCCUCUGGCAUUUUGACUGCCUGAUGACCCACCUUUAUGUUAAAUAGUUCUUCAACUGAUGGACCCAUGAAGUGCUCAGAUUCAUUCUGAGCUGGCCACAGCAGCUGACCAGGGACAAAUCACACUCCAGCCUACAGCGCCACACAGCCAUUCAUUUAGGUAGCAGUGGGAGCUAAACCCUAGACCAGAAAUUCUUCCCCGAUCGGAUCCCUGGAGCCGAUCCCUGGUUCCUCAACAGCUGGGGCUUGUUUCCUGACCACUGGAGGAUCGAGCUCUGCCCUGACGCUGUAACUUCGCAUUUCUUCCCCCGCAGUCUGGAGAGGCUAAGGUAUGAGAACGUUUUAUUUGUGAACCCAGCAGAUCACGCUCCUGAAUAAAUCAGGCGGUCAGGGGAUUACUGUUGCUCUCUGUUUAUUAUUUGUUUCCCCAACACCUGCAAUCUGGGGUUCCCCAAGGCAGGCUGUUUCCCUCCACUUGCUCUGAAUGUUCCUCUACGAUGGAAAACGCCCUCCCAACUUUCCACUCUGCUUCUGCGGAUUUCCUCCAAGCCAUCCUUGUUUGUGGCCCAUCGGCUCCUCCCUGGCGUCCUCAGACACCACCCAGCCUGUUCCUGCUGCGAACCACACCAUUCCCUUCCGUCUUUCCUUGCCUGCAGGUUUCUUCCAUUCGUUCCCCAUCUCUGCUUUCCGUCAGCCUUUCUCCUCCUUCAUCUUGUCCUGCAAAGCCACACCUGUGCUGAUAAGUGCCCAGAGUUUGAUAAUUUACUUAAUGUCAAUGAAAGGAAGGGAAAAAGUUCAGCUCUAGGGACGGGGGAGGAGGACGGAGAGGUGGGCAGCCUUGGCCUGCAGGGGCCACCCCCGCGGACUCUACCUCGCAAGGAGCCCGGAGCUGUCGCGCUUGGCGGGGGCCACCCCGCACGCAUGUGAUUACGUCCCUCAGGCUCCCGGAGCCGGAGGGACAGCCCCGCAGCCUGCACGCCCCUCUCCCAUGAACUGAAACAGGAGGAGAGGCGCGCCGGGCAGGCGACCCGAGCUGCCCGGGCGGUUCAGCCAAGCGGGCGAGUGGCCCUGGAGAGUGUCCAGGCUGCCGGGUGUGGCCGCGAGCGAGCGCACAGCCAGUCACCCCGGCAUGUGGGCGCGGCGGGACUCUGCUCGCAGCCCGAGUUCGCCCAGCCCGCCUGCGCCGCCCCUGCCGGUCCCUCCCUCGCUGCCCGGACAGCUGCCGCGGCGCAACUGGACGUGGCGGGUGCUCAGGCCACCCUGCCCAGGUUCGCUGAACGGCAUUUUGAUGGGGAUAUUUGGUACCAGGUCUCGGGAGCCUGCUUGUUGAAUUAUUGUCGCACUCAGCCGGGAUUGUGAGGCUUCGGGAAGAUUUGUGGGCACACCCGGUGCUGGCCAAAGUGGAGGCACAACUGGAGGUCAUUUUCAGGAACUUUUGCCACAGGUGUAAAAGACGCCAGAACCGCAGAGAUGCUGAAACAGAUACUAGCCGAGAUGUACAUAGAUCCCGAUCUACUGGCAGAGCUCAGCGAGGAACAGAAACAGAUCCUGUUCUUCAAGAUGAGGGAGGAGCAGAUCCGGCGAUGGAAAGAAAGAGAAGCGGCAAUGGAAAGAAAGGAGUCCUUGCCAGUGAAAUCCAGACCAAAGAAAGAGAAUGGCAAAUCUGUCCAUUGGAAACUGGGAGCCGACAAGGAAGUCUGGGUGUGGGUGAUGGGUGAACACCAUCUCGACAAACCCUACGACAUGCUCUGUGACGAAAUCAUUGCUGAGCGGGCCCAGCUGAAAGAGCAGGAGGCAGAAGAGCUCAGAAAAACCCAGUCUGAAGAAUUCAAUAGCUUCAAAACGAAAUCGCAGUACCGUGGCCUGCAAGUCCCAGUUGACCGGGAGGCUCAGGACAUCCGCAAGACGGGGACAGACGGAGGGGAUCCGCGGCAGGGACCCAGCCUGGCACCAACGCUGGGAGAGGAGAAGAUCCGAUCACCCUCCAGUUCAAGAAACAUUCAACAAAUGUUGGCCGAUUCUAUCAGUCGUAUGAAGGCAUAUGGAUUUCACCAGAAGAAAGAGCCCCAGAAGAAAAAACAAGAUGAAGAAAUGAAUCAAGUAGAUGAAGAGAGAACCAAGCAGAUUUACAAGAGCUGGAAAGAAGAUUCCGAGUGGCAGGCGUCUCUGCGAAAAUCCAAAGCAGCUGAUGAGAAGAGACGCUCCUUGGCUAAGCAAGCGCGGGAAGACUACAAGAGGUUGUCCCUGGGGGCCCAAAGAGGAAGAGGCGGUGACGGGCUGCAAAGCCCGGGGAGUGUUCCGCAGAAACCAAAAAGACCUCCCCUUCCACCCAAGCCUCAGUUCCUACACCCAGCGGGACACCCUCAAAAACCUCUCAGAAAUGAGGGAGUAACGAGGACAGUAUCCAGUUCCGCCCAGGAGGACAUCAUCCGUUGGUUUAAAGAAGAGCAGCUACCGCUUCGAGCAGGCUAUGAGAAAACCUCAGACACCAUCGCUCCCUGGUUCCACGGCAUUCUCCCCCUCAAGAAAGCAAACGAACUGCUCCAGAGUACCGGCAGGUCGGGCAGCUUUCUGAUCCGGGUCAGUGAGAGGAUCAAAGGCUACGCCCUGUCCUAUCUGUCGGAUGAGGGCUGCAAACACUUCUUCAUCGAUGCCUCCACGGACUCCUACAGCUUCCUGGGCGUGGACCAGCUGCAGCACGCCACCCUGGCGGACCUGGUGGAGUAUCACAAGGAGGAACCCAUCACCUCCCUGGGCAAGGAGCUCCUUCUCCACCCCUGUGGGCAGCAGGACCAGCUGCCUGACUACCUGGAGCUCUUCGAGUGACCACCUCUGUGUGCAACCUCUUACUGGGCUUUCCCCUGGACAGCCACCACUGAAACCGACAUUUGCAUGUGGAACCAGUACUGAUC